AUGACUUCGUAUCCCUUAGCUCACCUGACAUGGUUUUGUUGUGCUCAAGCAGCAGCAGCAGCAGCAGCAGCAACAACACCAGCACCAGUAGCACCAGCAGCAGCAGCAACAGCAGCAGCAGCAGCAGCAGCAGCAGCAUCUGGAGGUGGAGGUGGUGUAUCAGUGGGAGCCAUUAUUGGCAUUGCCAUUGCUGCUGUGGUCCUCAGCUCCCACCUCCCCUCCUCCUCAAUGUUCCUAGUCAGCAUGGUUCCUCUUCCUUUCGUCUACUUUUUUUGGGCCAGCCUGGCAGCCACCCACUGCACGGAGUUCUCGCUAAAGGAGGUGCUCAAGGCCACCAACGACUGCUUUGGUGUGCUCAUGCUUGUGGUGCUCACUGGACGGUUUUCACUUGUCGAGGAUGCUGGGGAGACCCAGCACAUCGUGGUGUGGGUAUCCGAGUGCCUGUCAUCGGGUGGUUUAGAGAGCCUCAAGCACCCCACCAUGGACGCCCCUGGGGAUGUUGUGCAGCGCUUGGCUGAGCUGGCAAUGAGCUGCACCGUGGAGCGCACUGCAAGCCGCCCAAGCAUGGCGCACAUUGCCACCCAGCUGCAGGCUGUCAGGGAGGAAGUGUCGGGGAAAGAGGAAUCUGGCGCUGCCAUCAAGGUGGAUGCGCAGGUCCAGGAGAUGAAGGAUGUUGUUGCGGGUGAGGACAGCCUGGAGGCACAACUUCAAAUGAUUGCGGAUAGGGGCAGCUUCAUCACCGAACACCCAGUCUAG